AUGGCCCCCGCCUGCUGCCCUGUCGGAGCCCUGAUGCUCGCGUACGCGGGCCUGCUGGCCGCCGCCGCGGGCCUCGGCUCCCCGGAGCCCGGCGCGCCUUCGGGGAGCCGCGCCCGCGAAGAGCCGCCGCCCGGGAACGAGCUGCCCGCAGGGUCGGCCGCCAGCCCGCAGGGGUGGGGUGCCGGGCCCCCGGAGCCCCCCGUGGAGCAAGUGCGCGGCAUCGAUCCGCGAGAUGCCUGGAUGCUCUUCGUUAGGCAGAGUGACAAGGGCGCCAACAGCAAGAAGGGGAGCAGAGGCAAAGCCAGGAAGUUGAAGCUCGGCCUGCCAGGUCCCCCAGGGCCCCCCGGCCCCCAGGGCCCCCCGGGCCCCAUCACCCCACCUGAGGUCCUGCUGAAAGAGUUCCAGCUGCUGCUGAAAGGCGCGGUGCGCACACGCGAGUGCUUGGAGCCUGAGCCCCGCCCGCGCGGCCCCGCCGCGGUGCCGGCCGUCCCCGCGGAGGACGAGGAGGACGAGGAGGAGGAGGCGGCGGCGGCGGGGGGCGCGGGCGUGCUGGCGCUGCUGGCUGCGCCCCUGGCCCCGGGUCCGCGGGCGCCGCGCAUCGAGGCCGCCUUCCACUGCCGCCUGCGCCGGGACGCGUCGGUGGAGCGGCGCGCGCUGCACGAGCUCGGCGUCUACUACGUGCCCAACGCCGAGGGCGCCUUCCGCCGCGGCCCGGGCCUGAACCUGACCAGCGGCCAGUACACGGCGCCCGUCGCCGGCUUCUACGCGCUCGCCGCCACGCUGCACGUGGCGCUGGCGGAGCAGACGAGACGGGCGCCGCCGCGCCCCCGGGACCGCCUGCGCCUACUCAUCUGCAUCCAGUCCCGGUGCCAGCACCACGCCUCCCUGGAGGCUGUCAUGGGGCUGGAGAGCAGCAGCGAGUUCUUCACCAUCUCGGUCAACGGCGUUCUGUAUCUGCAGGCGGGGCAGUACACCUCCGUCUUCCUGGACAAUGCCAGCAGCUCCUCCCUCACAGUGCGCGGUGGCUCCCACUUCAGUGCUGUCCUCCUCGGUGUAUGAACGGCCACCCCAGGCUCUCUCUCUCGCCAGGCAAAUGGAGCAGGAGUGCGAACAAUCUCGGGGCCGUGGCGGAGUGGCGGGGGCCACACGCAGGAGGGAGCCCGCCGAACUGCCCACACUGGCCACCGCAGGUCAACCCAGAGAUGCCACUACAGGCAGCCUGGGGAGGUGACACGCAAACUGGCAGUCCCAGACUGGGAAUGAUUUCAGGAUGCCAGCUUAAGUUAAAGGGGAGACGUUUCAGUGUGCCCAGGAGCACGUGCUUUGUCCCUUCCUCAGCUGCAGACCUGGGCCCCUCCUGGCCCCAGUGGCCCUGGCAGCCUCAGCUUCGUUGCUGUGGCCCAGCCCCACCUUUUCCAUCUUUCUUAGUGUUCUCACGGGCUGCCUGCUGGGAGUGCCAGGACGGAGGGCAGAGGCCGCCCAGCCUGCCUGGUCCCCACCUGCCCCUCUCCCAGCCCUGCCUUUAGCCUGCAGGGGCCACGGGGCCCAAGCCUCUCCUUGUGGCCCCGGGGCAUAGCAGCCUCAGGCACCAGAGAGACACUGGGUGGGGGCUGACGGGGACAGUGACAGUCUGGAGCUGUUUUCACUUGUGACACGUGCAAGGUCACUUGCACGCUCACCCAGCCUUUCCACAUAGGAGCUGCACCCUCCUCCUCCGUCACAGACCCUCUCGUGGAUGAGGGCCCCUUGCCCACCCCCUUGCGGCCCUGGCUCACUGCUGGGAUCCACCCACCAGAUGAAAGAGCUAGAACAACCCUGCAGGUCAGGGGCGGCCAGGCCCUGCCUGCCCAUCUGCACGGAUGAAGCGGACGCUUCCCACAAGCUGACAGGCUCUCGGUGCCCAACCGCAGCCUAGCCUCGCUGGGUCUAUCCAGCUCUGGGGCUCUUGAAAGAAUCUUCCCCACGGGGGUGGGACUAUGGCCCCAAGCUCAGAUGGGUGUCCUGAGAAGACCAGGUCCCAAGUCCUUCUGUGCUGCUGCAGCAGUGAUGGGAUGCGGGUAGCAGUGGUGAUGGGGGUCUGGGAGUUGCUGCAAUUUCUUUCAAGGUGCAGGGCCCCCGCUGCCUGCUGAGGAAGUUACCCAACCCCUGUACCUACACACAAAACAGGCUACAGGAACGGGGUACCAUAAGAUGUCCUGGGGGCCAAGCUGGUCUGGUAAGCCAUUGCCCCCUUCUCAGGCCUGGGAGAGAAGUGGGCAAUGGCUGCAGUCACCUCUCACCGUAACCUUCUAGCUGGCCUUGGGAUGAGCAGGUGACUGUGGCCAGGCCUAGCUGAUGCCCCGGAGCCCUAAGCUUCCAGCGCCACAGUCAG